UGUUCAAGAUUCUGAUUCUCUUGGCUUGGAGAUUCUCAGGUCCAUCAACGUUUGGAGUUUGGGAGUUUUCUUCCUUGGCGAGGAGAUUGCCCACAAAUCAAGCAGCAACGAAGAUGCAGCAAGAUAAAAACAACAGCCUUAGCAAAGUCUACUUGACAGUCCCCACCAAAAAGAAAAAGAAGAAAGUGUAAAAGAAAGAAAGCAACUAUCCGGAAGACCAACAAUGGUUUUGGUGACUCCCGAGGCCCGGAAGGCCGUCUUGGAGACGAUGGGUUGCGACCAUAUUCGUGUCGCCGUCGUGGGUAAUGUUGAUGCCGGUAAAUCCACCAUGAUCGGCACAAUCAAGACAUCGACGCUAGAUGAUGGUCGUGGUGCCAGCCGUUCCAAGAUUAUGAAGCACCAGCACGAGAUCGAGACGGGAAGGACGUCUUGUAUUUCUCAGCACCUUGUUGGUUUAAGUGCCGACGGAGAAGUAGUGGCAAGCACCAACAACGAAUCCGAGAUUGCCCAGCAGUCAGCCCGUGUGGUUUCCUUGAUGGAUCUUGCUGGUCACGAGAAGUAUUUCAAGACGACUGUCCGUGGUUUGUCCAUGGGUAUGGCUGAUUAUGCCGUGUUGAUGAUAAACUCGGCACAGCCUCCAACCGUCAUGACCAUGCACCACCUCCGUUUGUGCGCUGCCUGCGGUAUCCCCGUCAUUAUUGUCAUGACCAAGGUCGAUUCCUGCCCCAGCCAGGUGUUGCAGCAUUCCAAGAGGAAGAUUGUCGAUAUCCUCCGUUCGAAGGAAUUCAACAAGCGUCAAUAUGCAAUCAAGAGCGAGAAGGAUGUUGAGACUGUCCAGGACAAGCUCCAUUCCUUGACGCCCAUGUUGAGCGUUUCUUUUGUGGCCGGUGAGGGCGUGGACCUCUUGAAGAGCUUGCUCUUUGCCUUGCCCAAGCGUCGUCACCACGAGCGAAAGAUACAGCGUCCCUUUGAGUUCUUGAUUGAAGAAGUCUUCCACGUCAAGGGUAUCGGUUGCGUCCUUUCUGGUUUUGUCAAUGCCGGAGAGUACCGCAAGGGAGAGCCCCUUUACGUUGGUCCCAUGAAGGACGGCUCCUACGCCAAAGUGACGGUCCGUUCCAUGCACGUGGCACAGACCGAUGUGGACUACACCUACGCCGGUCACUCUGCUUGCUUUGCCAUUUCGGGUUUGACCAAGACGCAGCGAACCCGCCUCAACCGUCGCAAGGGUUUUGUGUGCGUGACCGAAAAAACAGUGGCGGCAGUUCGCACCUUGACGGCCGAUUUGGUCAUGCUCCGUGGUGAGCCCGUGACCAUGACCAAGGGCCAGUUCCGUGCGACGGCUCACGUGUUGAAUGUCAAGGCUUGUGUGAAGGUCUCCGAGAUUAUCUCGUCCUCAUCGACUGUUGGAAAUGGUUCCUUGGUGGUGUUGCGUCCUGGUGACCGUGCGCGUGUCCAGUUUCAGGUGGUGGGUCCUCCAGUGUACGUCCGCAAGGGUAUGCGUAUCAUCUUGCGUGAUGGUCACGUCCGUGCCGUGGGUACCAUUUUGGAGACUGGAGCUGGUCGAUGAUAACGAUUCAAUUCCUCGUGCAGUACCGGGCCCGAUGAUAUUCAUGAAAGCAACCUCAUGGAAGCAAACGCGACGAGAUAGUGAUAUUAUAUGUUUUUUAAAGAGAAAAGUGUUAUUGUGCG